AUGGCGAAACCAGUCCACCCAGCAACAAUCCACUUCCCCAUCGCCUUCCUCAUGCUCGCCAACGGCCUCGACGUCCUGCACCACCUCUACGCCUACCUCCCAGCGUUCAUAACCUCCACGCUCCCCACCUCCACCGACAGCGCCAAAGCCUCCUACUACCUCCUCUCCCUCGCCCUCCUCACCUCCAUCCCCGCCGUCAUCUCCGGCGGCGGCGAAGCAAUGAAGAUGAUCCAGAAGUCCGGCAUGUACGAGAAAGACGGCAGCAUCCGUGCCAAAGUCAAGGCGACGAUUGCACAUGCUGUGGUGAAUGAUGUCGUGAUUGCGGCGAAUACGUAUAUUUGGUAUCAGAGACGGUUGGCGGUGAAGGAGAGUUUGAGUGGAAAGGUGGGUAUUGAUGCGGCGUAUAGGCCGGAGACGUGGAUGGUGUUGGGUGAGGCGGUUAUGACGGUGUUGAUGCUGGUGGGGGCGAAUAUUGGGGGGAACUUGACGUAUGUGUUUGGAAUUGGGCUGGGAGGGGGUAACUCGCUGGCGCCAAAGGCGACGAGUAAGUUGUCGUGA